GGAUUUCCGGUGUCUCCAACCAAUGAGCUGAUUCCACAUGCGGACACUGAACACCGCAUUCGACGCACGCGAGAGCUGCAGCGGACGAACGCGAUUGGUGCAGAUAAGGACGAUAGAGAUUCCGCACCACAGAAGCAGUGGUCGAAGGGAGCCGAGCUGCAACUUAAGCACAUGUUUAAAACAUCUAUUUGAACAGAAUUAUUCUGGAAUUCGCCGUUUCAAAAGAAGAGGAAGGUAUUAAAACAUCCAAUUGAGACUGCGACGUUGAUAUGAAUAAUUCGGUCUCACGGGAACGCUAGCGGAGCACAGCCGGCGAAUUCAAGCGGAGCCAUAGGAGCCCAACAGUUAGCUAGCUGUAGCCUGUUAGCUAUCCGUUAGCUAAGGAGCCGCUAACUCGUCCACUCUCGCAAGACACCUGUACGCUGCGCUGUCUUGUUGUAUAGCUAAUUAACCGGUAACAGUCAACACCGUGGUGUGCUCUUAAUAUUUUCAAGUAUUUUUGUUUUAAGUGCCGGGGUGACAUCAAUAGAGGAGAGAACCGUGACAGAUUGAGGUUGGGACCAACAGUGCGAAACAAACGUUGUCCUCAAGUGGCCGUUCACCAUGGACAACGCACACACAAAGACGGUUGAAGAAGUUUACAGCUUUUUUAACGUGAAUGAAAGCACAGGUCUGAGUUUAGAGCAAGUGAAGAAACAACGGGAACGAUAUGGACCAAACGAAUUGCCAGCUGAGGAGGGUAAAUCCCUUUGGGAACUAGUGGUUGAACAGUUUGAAGACUUGCUUGUGAGGAUCCUUUUACUUGCUGCCUGCAUAUCCUUUGCCCUGGCCUGGUUUGAAGAUGGAGAAGAAACCGUAACAGCCUUCGUGGAGCCUUUUGUUAUACUCCUUAUCCUCAUAGCAAAUGCCAUUGUAGGAGUCUGGCAGGAGCGAAAUGCAGAAAACGCCAUUGAAGCACUUAAGGAGUAUGAGCCAGAGAUGGGGAAGGUGUACCGCCAGGAUAGGAAGAGUGUCCAGAGAAUCAAGGCCAGGGACAUUGUGCCCGGGGACAUUGUGGAGGUGGCGGUUGGUGAUAAAGUGCCUGCAGACAUCAGGCUGUCUUCCAUCAAGUCAACCACACUGAGGGUAGACCAAUCAAUUCUUACAGGAGAGUCAGUGUCUGUGAUCAAACACACUGACCCGGUGCCUGACCCACGUGCUGUCAACCAGGACAAGAAGAACAUGCUCUUUUCUGGGACCAACAUUGCAGCUGGUAAAGCUGUUGGUGUGGUGGUGGCCACAGGUGGUAACACAGAGAUUGGCAAAAUCCGAGAUGAGAUGGCAUCAACAGAGCAGGAGCGCACACCACUGCAGCAGAAGCUGGAUGAGUUCGGACAGCAGCUAUCCAAGGUUAUCACACUGAUCUGCAUUGCUGUCUGGAUGAUCAAUAUUGGACAUUUCAAUGAUCCUGUCCAUGGAGGCUCCUGGAUCCGAGGCGCUGUCUACUACUUCAAGAUUGCUGUGGCUCUGGCAGUUGCUGCUAUCCCUGAGGGUCUGCCUGCUGUCAUCACUACUUGCCUGGCUUUAGGAACACGUCGCAUGGCCAAGAAGAAUGCCAUUGUCCGCAGUUUGCCCUCAGUGGAGACCCUUGGCUGUACGUCUGUCAUCUGCUCUGACAAGACUGGCACGCUGACCACCAAUCAGAUGUCUGUGUGCAGGAUGUUUAUCAUUGAUCGGGCAGAGGGGAAUCACUGUUCGUUAAAGGAAUUCACUAUUACUGGCUCCACAUAUGCCCCGGAUGGAGAAGUGUUCAAUGACGGCAAACCAGUCAGAUGUUCCCAGUAUGAUGCCUUGGUGGAGCUGGCCUCUAUCUGUGCUCUGUGUAAUGAUUCCUCAUUGGACUAUAAUGAGACCAAAGGUGUGUAUGAGAAGGUGGGUGAGGCCACAGAGACGGCUCUCACAUGCCUGGUGGAGAAGAUGAACGUGUUUGAUACAGAUGUUAAAGGCCUGUCCAAGAUCGAGAGAGCCAACGCCUGUAAUUCUGUGAUCAAGCAGCUGAUGAAGAAAGAGUUUACCUUGGAAUUUUCCAGAGACAGGAAGUCCAUGUCUGUGUACUGCACUCCUAAUAAGGCCCGUUCCUCUGUUGGCAAGAUGUUUGUAAAGGGUGCCCCUGAGGGAGUGAUUGACAGGUGCACACACAUCCGUGUAGGCAGUGACAAGGUGCCCUUGACGCCUGGCAUCAAGGAAAAACUAAUGUCUGUGAUCAGGGAAUAUGGAACUGGCAGAGACACCCUGCGCUGUCUGGCUCUGGCCACCCGAGACAGCCACAUGAACAAAGACGACCUGGCGUUAGAGGACUCCACCCGCUUUAUUGAAUACGAGACUGAUCUGACAUUUGUUGGCUGUGUGGGCAUGCUGGAUCCUCCCAGGGCAGAGGUGGCAGCCUCUAUUAGACUCUGCCGUCUUGCAGGCAUCCGAGUAAUUAUGAUCACUGGAGACAACAAGGGGACGGCAGUGGCUAUCUGCAGACGUAUUGGUAUUUUUGGAGAGGACGAUGAUGUUUCUAGCAUGGCAUACACUGGCCGAGAGUUUGACGAUCUGUCACCUGCUGCACAAAGAGAAGCUGUGGUCAAGGCCCGCUGCUUUGCCCGUGUUGAGCCUUCACAUAAAUCUAAGAUUGUUGAGUUUCUGCAGUCCUAUGAUGAGAUUACAGCCAUGACUGGUGAUGGAGUAAACGACGCUCCUGCUCUAAAGAAGGCUGAAAUUGGUAUUGCCAUGGGUUCAGGCACAGCUGUGGCCAAGACCGCUUCUGAGAUGGUGCUGGCUGAUGACAACUUUUCCACCAUUGUAGCUGCAGUUGAGGAAGGCAGAGCCAUUUAUAACAACAUGAAACAGUUCAUCAGAUACCUCAUCUCUUCAAAUGUGGGCGAAGUUGUCUGCAUCUUCCUGACUGCAGCUCUGGGCUUCCCUGAAGCCCUUAUCCCUGUCCAGCUGCUCUGGGUCAACCUGGUGACUGAUGGUUUGCCUGCCACUGCUUUAGGAUUCAACCCACCAGACUUGGACAUCAUGAGCAAGCCGCCACGCAACGCCCGUGAGCCGCUCAUCUCCGGAUGGCUCUUCUUCAGAUACCUAGCCAUUGGAUGUUAUGUGGGUGCUGCUACUGUUGGUGCUGCUGCCUGGUGGUUUGUUGCUGCUGAGGAUGGUCCCAGGAUCACCUUUUACCAGCUGAGCCACUUCCUGCAGUGUGGUCCAGAGAAUCCAGACUUCCAGGAUCUGGACUGUAAGGUGUUUGAGUCCCCUUAUCCCAUGACCAUGGCCCUGUCGGUGCUGGUCACCAUUGAGAUGUGCAAUGCCUUGAACAGUGUGUCAGAGAACCAGUCCCUGCUGAGGAUGCCUCCCUGGGAGAACGUGUGGCUGCUGGGAGCCAUCUGCCUCUCCAUGUCCCUUCACUUCCUCAUCCUCUAUGUGGAGCCUCUUCCAAUCAUCUUCCAGAUCACCCCUCUAAACCUGAUACAAUGGCUGAUGGUGCUCAAGAUCUCACUGCCUGUCAUUCUACUGGACGAGUUUCUCAAGUUUGCCGCCAGGAACUACCUGGAGCCCGGUAAAGAGCUGGAGAAGCCUGCCGGCUCCAAAGGCUGCUGCCUAUCUGCAUGUAUGGAGGGCAUCUCCUGGCCCUUUGUGGCCGUUUCCCUCCCCUUGGUCCUCUGGAUCUACAGCUCCGACACUAACAUGGCCGACAUGUUCUGGUCCUGAUUGACUUGAGCACAACCUCGACUUCCCCCCCCACCACCACCACCAUCACUUCCCUCUUUCCUCUCCCCUCUCCCUCUUCCCUCUCUGCCUUCCUACAUGUGCAUAGCUAGCGAGUGUGUGUGUUCGUAGAGUUAGUGUGUGUACUUGUGUGUGCCUACCGUGUGUGUAUGAGAAGGACCAACUUUAACACAUGAAACGUAACAAAUAAUAUCAGUUGUUAACAUUGAGAAGUCUCCUGGUUUGAGUUGGGAUAGGAUUUGAGAAUGGGUGAGGCUUUAAAUGCUUGUUCGAGUGUUAGAUCAUCACUCCUGUAGCUGUGGGCUUUGUUGCUGGUUUGAAAGAAAAGAUACUGUUGCUGUUUAUUUUUUCUUCUUAAUGUCAAUAUUGCCUUUAAGGUUUAUAUUUUUAAUGAUUUUGGGAACAUAAUUUGUCUCAUGUCACUACAGUUGCAACAGCAAAUUGUUUUGUUUAGCUCCCCCCUUUGUGAAAAGAAAAUUCAAGAUAUCAGAAAUCCAUUGAUCUGUACAGAGAUAAAAUUUUAUGCAACUUUUUUUUUUUUUAUGGCUUUGUAAAUUUUUUGACCAGCGUGGCUUAGACAUUCCGCCUUGAUUUCUUUUCUAAUGUUUACCAUUGUGUCUUCAGUAUAAACUCAGAACUCUUUCAGAGAGGACAAGCUCCGUGUGGCAGAUGAGGACGGGGAAAGGUUUGGGAGUGAACGUUUGAAUGCUCCGCUUAAAUAAAAGAGGGAAAAAAAAAUCCUGAAAAACAAAAGCCGCAUGUCCUGUGAACAAGCAUGAAUUGUAUGUGGUUUCUCAUUUCUAAUUUAAUUGUGUGUGUCCCCCAAUGUUAGAGUAUAAAUUAACUUCAUGGAUGUAAUUGUUUUUUUUUUUUGUUUUUUUUACUAUAAUGAUUUGAAAAUAAGCCAGUUUUUCUGCACUGGGCAGAGCACAGCUACCUCAAUAUGAUAAAGAUUUGUUUGGUUUUUUUUGUUUGGUUUUUUUUUUUUUUUGCUCAUCUCUAGAUGCUUUUCCUAAGCGGUCUUGCUAAAGCGUAACAUUUGAGGUGUGCCCCUAUUUGCUUGUGCAGAAAACAGAACAAAAUUUUCCUUCCCUAUAACAUUUUUAAAGGAUAUAUAUUGUUUGUAUUGAUUUUUGACAUUAACUUUAUUUGUGUCUUGCAUUGGAGACAGAACUGAGUGGGGAUGAUGUAAUUACCAUCUCCAUUGCGUUUGAUUCAAAGGACCGUAAUGUAAAAGUCUUACGAAAAAAAAAAUACUAAUACAGAAAGUACUCCAAAUUAACGUGGAUUGCAAAUAAGGACCCAAAAUGUUGUUUUUUUACUUAAAGGAAAAAUACACUCAUAAACCCUUUGAAUCAAAGUGUUUUCUGUCUUUAUUUAAUACUAGGCCAAUGGUUAUCAACAUUAUUCAUAUCCAAUGUUUUUUGUAUGUGCAUAUUAUACUUGAAUACAGAUCAUUUCAAACAUGAA